AUGAAUCACCCCUCUGGCUGCCGCAGCCCCUGGGCUACAGACGCAGAAACGGGGAGGCAGCGCACGCAGAGUGGCAGAGACAGGGACCCAGGCGCGCGCCGCCCGCUUGUACACACAGGCCCGUGGGCCGCAGGGGUGUGGGCAGGUGGCGCACACCUGUGCCCUCCCCUCACAGCGGCCCUGGGGAUGCUGGAGUUCGACCUUCUCUACGACCCGGCCUCCUGCACGCUGCACUGCAGCAUCCUCAGGGCCAAGGGCCUCAAGCCUAUGGACUUCAAUGGCCUCGCCGACCCCUACGUCAAGCUGCAUCUGCUGCCCGGUGCCUGCAAGGCCAACAAGCUAAAAACGAAGACUCAGAGGAACACGCUGAAUCCGGUGUGGAACGAGGACCUGACCUACAGUGGCAUCACGGAGGAAGACAUCUCCCACAAGGUGCUCAGGAUCUCCGUCUGUGACGAGGACAAGCUGAGUCACAAUGAGUUCAUCGGGGAGAUCCGAGUACCCCUGCGCCGCCUCAAGCCUUCGCAGAAGAAGCACUUUAACAUCUGCCUUGAGCGCCAGGUCCCGCUGGCGUCACCCUCCUCCAUGUCUGCAGCACUGAGGGGAAUCUCCUGCUACCUGAAGGAGCUGGAGCAGGCUGAGCAGGGACCUGGGCUCCUGGAAGAGCGUGGGCGCAUCCUGCUGAGCCUCAGCUACAGCUCUCAGCGCAGAGGGCUGCUGGUGGGCAUUGUCCGCUGUGCCCACCUGGCUGCGAUGGACGUCAAUGGCUACUCUGACCCUUAUGUGAAGACGUACCUGAGGCCAGAUGUGGACAAGAAAUCCAAGCACAAGACGUGCGUGAAGAAGAAGACGCUAAACCCAGAAUUUAAUGAGGAGUUCUUCUAUGAGAUAGAGCUCUCCACUCUGGCCACCAAGACUCUAGAGGUCACCGUCUGGGACUAUGACAUUGGAAAAUCCAACGACUUCAUAGGGGGCGUGUCGCUGGGCCCGGCGGCACGUGGGGAGGCCCAGAGACACUGGAGCGACUGUCUGCAGCAGCCCGGUGUAGCCCUGGAGCGCUGGCACACCCUGACGAGUGAGCUGCCCCCUGCUGCUGGGACACUGCCCUUGGCCUGACUGGCGCAGGUGCCCGCACAGGCUCCCGUGCCCGGCUCCGCACGAAUGUCUUGCACGUUUACACAGGGUGGACCUCCGCCCCAUCCUGCCCCUCGACCGUGGGUCCGUCUGCUGUGAGGGCCUGGAGGUCACACUCACACACGCAACUCCCCCGACACUCUCGCUCGCCCGCGCCAGUACACACUGCCUGCUGACACCCUGGGAGCGCAGCCCUGCUCUGGCCCUGGCCGCAGGAGGACGUUGGAUCAGGGGGUCAGGGAAGGUUUGGAGGAGGCUGUUUCCCAGACAGACAAGAAAAAGAACGGCUCCUUCAACGCAACCUUCAUUAAAUCUCCCACCCUGACAGCUGCCAUGACGGGGCUGGCCUGCGCCACAGGUGGUCUGCGUCCAAGGGCAGCAGGUGCUCCUGGGCCACUCAUUCAAACAGCUGUUCCCGGGGCCUGCCACCUUCCCAGGGACACAUGUGCAUGUUUACGCCUUUUCCGAUCAUGUCAGUGGCCAAAGCAUGGCAACCGGGCGCCAAUAAACGUAA